UGUUAUUUUUCCCCAGAUACACGGAAGAGAUCAUCAAGAAUUUUCGAUUCAUUAUAAUCUAUGCCAUAGCAAUAAGCACAUUUGUCCUGCUUCUAUGUGGUCUAAUAAUACUCAUGAAUGUAUCAGUAAUCGUGAAGCUGCAAUUCGUAAUUUUAUCUGCAACUGCACUCACGGAAAUUUACGUGUACGCAUGGCCAGCUAAUCACGUGAUGGACAUGAGCACAUACGUUUCACAGAGUGCAUACGAAUUAAGAUGGUACGAUCUGACACUGGAAAUGCAAAAGGAUUUGCUGAUUGUAUUAGCAUUCCAGAAACCAGUCGUUGUCUCUGUCCCGUGCAUAUUGCCUGAACUUUCUUUGCGUUACUAUUGCUCGUAUCUGUCUAAUGCCUUCUCUAUCUUCACCGCUGUACGUGUUUUUCUAGGAAAUAAUGAUUCAUGA